AGCGAACGCGUCAAGACGGUCAGGAGAGAACGGAUCUCCCCAACGAAAUCCCAAAGUUCUUUGCACAAGCAAAAAAUAAAAGAGUGUACAGAAAAUCAAUAGAAAAUUGAUACAAAUGCAAAGUGAUUUUUUUUUUAAAGUUUAAAGUAUUUAAAUACCAAAUAUUACAAAAUUAUGAAUUAAGGAAAAUCAAUCAAGUGCUUUAAUUGAUAGCCCGAAAAACCCCAUAGUCACCCCAAAAGUGAAAAGUUAUCAUACGCAAACCAAAUUAAUAGAAAACUAGCGUAAUGUUCGAGAAAAAUAUGGAUACAAACAAUCUGUCAGCGUCCAUAAGCGGGGACCUGGACUCGACCAGUUCCGGCGGCACUUCAUCGGACCAUUCGGCGGCGCAACAGGAUAAUCUCAGCUCUCCCAUGGCCUACGGAUCGCUCUUCCUGCCAAAUCCCGGCUAUCGCGGCAACCUCUCGUGCAAGACCGUCUUGCAGUUGGAUAAGUUUGGGCCGUACGAGGCCGCGGAGAAGGAUCAUCUGCUGGAGCGCCGCUUUCAGGAUAUUACCAACGAUUAUGACAAGUCCCCACCGCCCACGGCCUCGACCACGCCCACACAUUACCCCACUCUGAACAGCAUUAUGUUCGAGAAUGGCGUCAGUGGCGGCCCUCUGGGCGAUCUCAAUGGCAAUACGAAGACGGACUCCCUGUGCGCCGGUCUCCAGAGAGGUGGUGCCGGCGGUCUUGGUGGCAAUCCGGUCACCGGGGGACACCUCAUAUCGAAUCUAACGGCUGGCCACAACAUGUCCGCCGUGGGCAACUUCCCCAUCGAUGCCAAAAUGCUGCAGUUCUCCACAGACCAGAUCCAAUGCAUGUGUGAGGCCCUGCAGCAGAAGGGCGACAUCGAGAAGCUAACCACCUUCCUGUGCAGCCUGCCGCCCAGCGAAUUCUUCAAGACGAACGAGAGUGUGCUGCGGGCCCGCGCCAUGGUCGCCUACAAUCUGGGACAAUUCCACGAACUCUACAACCUACUGGAGACGCACUGCUUCUCCAUCAAAUACCAUGUGGAUCUGCAGAAUCUCUGGUUCAAGGCCCACUACAAAGAGGCCGAAAAGGUACGCGGUCGUCCCCUGGGAGCGGUGGACAAGUAUCGCCUGAGAAAGAAAUACCCCCUGCCCAAGACAAUAUGGGAUGGCGAGGAGACUGUCUAUUGCUUCAAGGAGAAGUCGAGGAAUGCCCUAAAGGAUUGCUAUCUGACCAAUCGCUAUCCCACGCCCGAUGAGAAGAAAACGCUGGCCAAGAAGACGGGCCUAACGCUCACCCAGGUCUCCAAUUGGUUCAAGAACCGCCGGCAACGGGACCGUACGCCCCAGCAACGAUCUGAUAUUAUGUCGGUGCUGCCAGUGGGCCAGUUGGAUGGGAAUGGCUUCCCGCGCAUGUUCAACGCCCCCAGCUAUUAUCCCGAGACGAUUUUCAAUGGGCAAUAAACUUUGAACCAUUCGGAGGGGGCUCGUUCCAUUGUUUUGUAAAUACGGCGUUUUUAUGUUUAAAAAAAACCAAAAGCAAAUGAAAAACUGGUCAUCAAAUGGCAUCAUAAUCUGUAGCUUUAGAAUAAUCUUUUUUUUUGCUCUAUAUAUUGUACAA